AUGAACCUUGAACCGGCAGAGGCCGUCCUGGGCGAAGCCCUUGCAGCAGGGGCCAUCCGGUCUUUAGACGACGCCGCGCAGGGCGCUGCCCUACCGCCCACGGGCCCAGGACGCAAGCGCCGCAUAGAUCACGGAGUUUGCCACUGGUCACUGGCGGCCAGUGCCGUCUGGCACUUGGAGCCGUCGUUCUCAGAUCACCUGUCGGUGGUCUAUGAGCUACCUCUUGACACUCCCCAGUUUAUGACUAUGCCACCCAGGAGCAAGGUUUGCGAUGCAUCUUCUGACGACCUUGAGCAGUGGCUCGGUGAGGCUGAUUUUGACCCGUUCUGGUUAGCCUUAGCCACGGGGGAUGUUGAUAAGGGUUGGCAAGAGCUUUCCAAUGUGGCCGAGAACUGCCUGUGUCACACGCGAUCGGGCGAUCAUCCCCGGAGUCUGCCCUGGUCGCCUACUGCUGCGGAAGUGCACUCUUGUAAAAGGUUCGAGGGGUCUGCUUCGGUGCGUGUACUAUUGAAAUUGCAGCGGCAGCUCUCGAUGUUGACUAGUAAGCCGGACCAGGCCUUGAGGCAAAAAAUCCUUAAGUCCCUACCCCGUGCCCGAGCCAUCGUGCCUGACCUUCCGUGGACCCAUGAGUGGGAUCUUGAAAAACUCCUCGGGCCUGUCGGGGAGUUGCUUGGGACCUUUCAAGAGCAAGAAACUUCUGCAAUUCGGACUAGAUGGAAGGCAAUGCUGAGGGAAGACACUGCCCGCCAGCGUGCGUUUGUUAAAUCCAGGGCCGAUGCCCAGCUUGAGUUUGAAAAACGCUGCCCAAGCCAGGCGGAGGCACAAGCCGCUGGCCCUGUGCAUCCAUCCAAGGUUGUACGAGCUCAGGCCCAAGCUUGGCUUUGCAAGUGGGAGUCCGAACCUGAACCUCAACUUGAUGCCAUUGCGAGGGUCCUUCAGAAGGUUCCUGCUGUUGAGCCCACACACGUUGAAGUUCAGUUUGACCCUGGCGCGCUCAGGGCCAUUGCUGCUUCUUUUUCGAAUAAGGCUGCAGGGCCUGACUGCUGGCGUGCAAAGGACUUAGCACGACUGCCCAACCGGUGGUGGCACGCGGCCGCUCAACUGUGGCAGCAGGUGUGGGAUCGAGGCCAAGUGCCAAAGCUUUGGAGGUUCGCCAAGGUCACCUUGAUCCGCAAGCGAGGCGGGCCCAAAACCCGUCCCAUUACUCUCACUCAGGUAAUUUGGCGAGUUGGGACCAAGCACAUUGCACGUGCACUUCGUCCCUGGACCCUCAAAUGGGCUUCUUCCAGCGACCACGGUGGCCUUCCGGGCCGCUCCACUUCGGACGUCUUGUUUCAGCUCCAGGCUGCAAUCAAGCGGGGUGUCAACACUGCAGCAUUGAUGGACGUUGCUGGGUACUUUGAUUCCCUGAAUGUGCCGGCCAUGGGCAGAGUAUUCAAUCGAUUAGGUGCACCGCCCCAGUUGUUACCACUCCUUGAGUCGUUUUAUUCUGAUGCCAAGCGGUAUUUUAACUUCGAGGGUUCGUAUGCCCCGGGUGUUCAUCAGGUUCGUUCGGGCUUUGGGCAAGGCUGCCCGCUAUCGCCAUUAGCGGCGGCAGCCUUAUCUCACUGCUGGAGUGAGUAUGUCAAAGCUUCUUCCACCAAUAUCGGUGCACAAAUUUUCAUGGACGACCGCACCCUGUGGAUUGAGCCCCGGGGCUCCCUUCAGGACCUUGAUGCCGCUCUGCUCGCAAGUGCAGACUUCGACCAGGCUUUCUCGUUACAGCUUGCGGAGGACAAAUGUUUUGUUGCAGCCAAGCAUCACACGGAGGCCACUCGCCUUCUCGCUGACAAGUGGCACUUUCUGACUUGUGGAUCCCUUGAACUUUUGGGAGUGUCCUUUGACUUUGGGGGAACUGGGGCUAUCCCGAAAUUUUCGCUUCGAAAAGCGGUUCUCAGAUUGCGCUUGCUUCGGUGGACGCAGGCUGCAACCACUUCCCGAAUCAUGCUUGUGCGGUCGCUUGUCAUGCCUUGUUUGGCAUGGGCGGCAGGGUUUGCCAGACCGAGUGCCAAGGAUGUCCAAGCCGUGCAGCACGAGGUUCGCUUCUUGUUUAGCUCGGGGUACGGUGGGGAUGUGGCCACGGUUGCCUUUUACGAGUUGCUAGGAUGGGGGUUAGAACCUUCUUUCGCCCUCGACCUGGGCCUGUGCCGACUGUUUUGGCGAUGGGUCUCUAAGCCGCCGGUAUGGCUGGAAGAAGUCCCGAUUGGACAUUGCCCAGGGCGUUGGCAUGCGCAACUUCCUGAGACUGAAAGCCUGCUGGCUCGCACGGGCUGGUGGUUCUCUCGCGACGCCACUGCUUUGUGCAGAAGGGAUGCUGCUGGAGCCCUCAGAACUGUUCACAUCGGCUUUGAAAGUUUUCGCGUCGUUCAGGAUUGGCUUGAAGGGUUCUACCGUCAGCAAUACCUCAGCCGUUGCCGAAGAGUGUCCCAGAGCAUGCACAGGGUACUUGAGGAUGGUGUCGCUCGUGGUCUCGAGCUGCCGGCACCUCCGCGGGGAUUUCGAAUCCGACUGCAAGGCCACAAACGAGUUCUCGCUGACAGAUCGUCGCUUUUCCAUCGUAGAGCGGCCUUUCUUUCAGGUGGCACUACGUGGCACUUCGAGAAAAGUGUGGGGCCUCGCCGUGACCAGCUGCACCUCCGGUGCCUGUGCGGGGCACUGCGACCGAGCCGUGCUCACUUGCUUUGGGUGUGCCCCUCCACUGCCGACCUCAGGAGUGGCCUCGAUGGCCCCAAGCACCGGGGCGAGGAGCGGUUAUUGGCCAAACACCUCGACGAGCCUCCGCUUCCACCGCCCGCUGUGGAUGCUGAGGGGCUGAUUGACGAAGCGGCUGAAGCCAUUCAGACCGAGCUGCAGGAGUCCACAUCCAUUGCGAUAGCGACCGAUGGUUCUGCAAAGGACGGUGUGGCGGCCCAUGCGGUCGUAGUGAAUGCAUGUGCAAAAGCUUUUGCAGGCGGCAACAGUUGUGAAGACCAGUCUUCGUUUCGCGCCGAGCUUUGCGCUCUGCUCCUGGCCCUUAAAGCAGUGGCCGCGGCCGCUUCGAGAGGAGCCAGGGGAAGCAUCACGAUUGCUGUUGACUGUUCAGCGGCCCUUCAGGCUCGCUUUUCAUGUCCUUCUCUCCCAAUGUUUUCUGCUCUUUUCCAGCAGCUUUCUGCAGAGAUUCGCUGUUUCGGAAUUGAUCUUCAUUUCAUGAAGCUGCCGUCAAAGCUUCGGCUAGAGCAGCUGAGCGACUCCACUGUUUUCUUGAAAGCCUUCCUCGUGCAGGAACCGCAA